CUUCACGUCCUUUGCUCUCGCCGACGCUACAACAAUGGCGUCUCUCGCUCUCUCCGGCUCCUGCUCUCUCGCUUUUCCCCUCAAAUCUCGAUCUCUCCUUCUCCCUCGUCCUCCUUCCUCUCUCAAUUUGCUGAAACCUCUCCGAUCUGCCGAUUCUCGCAUCUCCUUACUCAAAUCUCCACUUCCCGUCGCUCUCACCCGGAGGUCAACUCUCGUUAAAGCCUCUUCCGCCGCAGCUGCCUCAUCUUCCUCCUCUCCGGCUCCCGUCCUCCCAGCUCCGGCGCCAUGGCAAGGAGCCGCGAUUAAGCCGCUUCUCGCGUCGAUCGCCACCGGUUUGAUUCUAUGGUUCGUACCGGUUCCCGAGGGAGUCACCCGCAACGCGUGGCAGCUACUCGCGAUCUUCCUCGCCACGAUCGUCGGGAUUAUCACGCAGCCGCUUCCGCUCGGCGCGGUGGCUCUAUUGGGACUGGGAGCUUCCGUUCUCACCAAAACCCUAACGUUCGCAGCCGCCUUCUCCGCUUUCGGAGAUCCGAUCCCGUGGCUCAUCGCUCUCGCUUUCUUCUUCGCUCGUGGUUUCAUCAAAACCGGUCUCGGUAACCGAGUGGCCUACCAGUUCGUUAGGCUCUUCGGGAGCUCAUCUCUCGGGCUCGGUUACAGUCUCGUCUUCAGUGAGGCUCUUUUGGCUCCUGCGAUUCCUUCCGUGUCAGCUCGUGCCGGUGGAAUCUUCCUCCCUUUGGUGAAAUCUCUCUGCGUCGCUUGUGGUAGCAACGUUGGGGAUGGAACCGAGCACCGUCUUGGCUCGUGGCUGAUGCUUACCUGUUUCCAGACUUCCGUGAUCUCUUCCUCUAUGUUCUUGACGGCUAUGGCAGCGAAUCCCUUGAGCGCUAAUCUGGCGUUCAACACGAUCAAGCAGACUAUUGGAUGGACUGAUUGGGCUAAAGCUGCGAUUGUGCCAGGACUUGUGUCAUUGAUUGUUGUUCCGUUUCUUCUGUAUAUCAUCUAUCCUCCUACGGUGAAAAGUAGUCCUGAUGCCCCGAAGCUGGCUCAGGAGAAGCUAGAUAAGAUGGGACCUAUGUCCAAGAACGAGUUGAUUAUGGCUGCCACUUUGUUCCUCACGGUUGGUCUCUGGAUUUUCGGAGCUAAGUUGGGUGUGGAUGCUGUUACUGCAGCCAUUCUUGGAUUAUCAGUCCUCCUUGUGACAGGUGUUGUGACAUGGAAGGAGUGCUUAGCUGAGUCAGUCGCAUGGGACACGCUCACAUGGUUCGCUGCUCUCAUUGCAAUGGCUGGUUAUCUUAACAAAUACGGUCUCAUUGAGUGGUUCAGCCAGACUGUAGUCAAGUUUGUGGGAGGAUUGGGUUUGUCAUGGCAACUAUCUUUUGGAAUCCUCGUCCUCUUGUAUUUCUACACUCACUACUUCUUUGCCAGUGGAGCGGCUCACAUCGGGGCUAUGUUCACUGCCUUUUUAUCGGUCUCAACCGCUCUAGGCACUCCACCUUACUUUGCAGCCUUGGUUCUUGCAUUCCUUUCGAACCUGAUGGGAGGAUUAACCCAUUAUGGUAUCGGGUCUGCACCUAUCUUCUACGGGGCUAACUACGUGCCGCUGGCCAAAUGGUGGGGCUAUGGAUUCGCGAUUUCAAUAGUCAACAUUCUUAUCUGGCUUGGUGUAGGUGGUGCCUGGUGGAAGUUCAUUGGCUUGUGGUGAGGAUCACCACACAACAACAGUAUUCCCAUUCUUUUCCUUAACUUAUAUAUCUUCUCUCGGAAUGCCUUUGAGAUUCGGAUUUGAUAAGGAUUUAUAUCAGGAAUUUUUAAGAGUUGAGCUGGGAAUUUUUCUGCGAUUUUUGUUCUCUCUCACAUUUUGAUGUGUAAGUAAGCCUUGCAUCAGUUUUGUUUGUCGGCUAACUUUUACAUUUUAAGUGAGACCACAACCUUUACUUGAUA